AUGGGGAAGGAAGGGGAAAGGGUGGAGGUAAAGCAGGAGGCGGCGGAGGGUGCAGAGCAGGGAGAGAGCAGCAGCAAGGGCGGAUGGAGAAGGUCGGAAGGACUCUUAGAGCAACCCCGAGCAGCCCCUGGGCCCCAGCAGCAGCAGGCGGAGCAUCAGAAGGAAAAGAAUCUUGAGGCUCCUCAAAAGAGUGCAGAGCGGGGAGGGAGUAGCAGCAAGGGCGGAUGGAGAAGGCCGGAAGGACUCUUAGAGCAACCCCAACAGCAGGAGUUGGAGCACCAGGAGGAGCAACAACAGCAGGAGGAACGGAAGGAGCGACAGCAGCCGUCGGAUCAGCAUAGACAACAGCAGGAGGUAGCCACAGAAGCAUUUCUAACGCCACCAUUGGGUAGUAGUAGUAGCAAUGACAGAGGUUCCGGUCUCUCUGACGUUCCAUACGCGUUAGGGACUGCAUCACCGCGAGAACAGAGCAUUCUGGACGAGCAGCAGUGGUGGAAGGAGAUUUUGGGAAGUGAUAUUGCCUUGGGAGCUUUGGCGGGAAAUCUGGAGUCCGUAUCCCCAGCAGCAGCAGCAGCAGCAGCAGCAGCAGCAGCAGCAGCAGCAGCAGCAGCAGCAGCUGCUGCUGCUGGAGCAGGAGCAGCAGCAACAGCAGCAGUUUUUUCUGCCACAGGCUGUUUUUGCGGAGAAUCGAACGAUGCAGGCCUUUUCUUUCCAGGAGCAGCAGCAGCAACAACAACAACAGCAGCAACAGCAACAGCGGCAGCACCAACAGCAGCAGCAACAGCAACAGCAGCAACAGCAACAGCGGCAGCAGCAACAGCAGCAGCAACAGCAACAGCAGCAACAGCAACAGUGGCAGCAGCAACAGCAGCAGCAACAGCAGCAGUUGCAACGGCAUCAGCAGCAGUUGCAACAGCAUCAGCAGCAGUUGCAACAGCAUCAGCAGCAGUUGCGGCAACAAUCACAACAGCAACAACAGCAGCAGCAACAACAGCAGUCGCCACCACUGCUGCUGCACCAGGCACAGCAGCAGCAGCAGCAGCAGCAGCAGCAGCAGCAGCAGCAGCAGCAGCAGCAGCAGCAGCAGCAGCAGCAGCAGCAGCAGCAGCAGCAGCAGCAGCAGCAGCAGCAGCAGCAGCAGCAGCAGCAGCAGCAGCAGCAGCAGCAGCAGCAGCAGCAGCAGCAGCAGCAACAGCAGCAGCAGCAGCAGCAGAAACCACAAACGAAGCUGAAGCAAGGGCAGCAGCAGCGGCAGCAGCACGAGUGGGAAGCUAUAGCCAAAAGCCUUAUGGAGGGCUUCCAGAGCUUCACAAAGUGGAGGAGGAGGAGGAGGAGGAGGAGGAGGAGGAGGAGGAGGAGGAGGAGGAGGAGGAGGAGGAGGAGGAGGAGGAGGAGGAGGAGGAGGAGGAGGAGGAAGAGGAAGAGGAAGAGGAAGAGGAGGAGGAGGAGGAGGAGGAGGAGGAGGAGGAGGAGGAGGAGGAGGAGGAGGAGGAGGAGGAGGAGGAGGAGGAGGAGGAGGAGGAGGAGGAGGAGGAGGAGGAGGAGGAGGAGGAGGAGGAGGAGGAGGAGGAGGAGGAGGGAGGAGGAGGGAGGAGGAGGAGGAGGAGGAGGAGGAGGGAGGAGGAGCGGCAGGAGGAGCAGCAGUCGCAGGGGCAGGAGGACCAGAAGGAAGAGCAGCAGGAGGAGCGGCAGGAGGAGCGGCAGGAGGAGGAGCAGGAGGAGUAG